ACAGACUUCCAGCGAGGGCAAUUUUGGGGCUUCACCAUGUUUCAUUGAAAUGUACAGCUGUGUGUCAUCCGCAUAGCAGUGAAAGUUAACAUUUUGAAUGAGAUGACUGUGUCUGCAUGUUGUAUGUGUCGAGGGAGUGCAUUCCGGUAUCUGGGUGCAGAGCAGCUGAAGGGAGGGAAACAAGGAGACCAGAAGAGAGAGAUGCGGAGAGAGCAGGAGGGGGCAUAGAGGUUGACCCAUGACAUCAGCCUGAAUGAGUUUGAAGAUGAGGACCUGUCUGAGAUCACUGAGAUCACAGAUGAGUGUGGGAUGAGCCUCAACUGCAAUGGCCAAGAGAUUAAGGGCUGUGUGAGGCGGGGCCACAAUAGUGUGGUGGGGAAGGCGGAGCUGGGUGCUGUCGGCCAGCUCCAGGCCGAGAUGCUCCAUUUGGAUCUGAUUGACGGGGAUGAUGGUUACCGCGACGACAAGGAGUCAUCUAAGCCAUCUUCCACAGCACCCUUGCCAGUAACCGAGGACCCCACUCUAGAAACCAUGGAUAUAUACCGCCCUAAGAGACCCACAACCCUUAACCUUUUCCCCAUGGUGCCACACACUCAGGAUACAUUAAACAACAACUCAUUUGGUAAGAAGUACAGCUGGCAGGAGAAGGUCUCGCGCUCAUCCUCCCCCCUCAAAUCAGGUGGGCUGACCUCUCCCCAUGAGCACACCUGUCUGAGCGACGCGGACAUGCUGCAGCAUGGAGGCGGGACGCAGACCAAGGACCGGGGCACAUCCACUGACGCUCCCUGCAGACACAAACACACCUUUGGACACACCCACAGUUCCACAGCGGGGACACGCUCCAAACUGCAGGAGAAGCCCCCAGCACCCCCGCAUCCCCAAAAUGACACACCCGCACCUCUGGGCCCCCCAGGGAAGGGCGAGGGGGGGACACACAGAGAGAAGAUUCGCUAUCACACAGACGUAUGCCUAGAACCCACCGAGGAGAUCUAUCUGACUCCCGUGCACCGUUCCGAGCAGGACAGCCCAUUCCUGUCCCAGCAGCCAGAGCAUGGACGCAUGUCAAUCAGCUCUGACACCGAGGGCCCGCCCCCUUACCAGCCUCUGCCCGACCGGACCAACCCCUCCAUUUGUGAGGAGGUUGAGGUGUAUGUGCCCCCUCCCUCCUACACCUCCUGUGUGGAGGCUCUCCUCACCCCUCCCUCUACCGCCUCCCCCAAGGAACCCCCAGCCUUAGCCCUGAACCUCAGCCUGAGGGAAGGAGGAGCAGGGGCGGUGGUGAGGGCAGGGGCAGGGGUGGAGUAUGUAGAUGCCGAGGAUGAGACAUUUGGGGGAGAGGGUGAGGCUGAGGAUAAGAGGGUAAGGGAUGUGGGAGGCAGGUGGUAUUUGGGACGUGGCGGCUGUGGUGCCCCCCCGAGGACUUUGAUGAGCUCGGAUGCAAGUGGUCUGUCUUACGACUCUGUGAAGUACACACUCGUUGUGGACGAGCACGCACAGCUCGAACUGGUGAGUCUGCAGCAGUGUUACCAAUGUUACAGUGACGACAGCGACUCUGCGACCGUCUAUGACAACUGCGUCUCGUCUCCGUAUGAGUCGGCCAUAGGGGAGGAGUAUGAGGAGGAAGAGGAAGAAGAGAAAGAGGACGAGGAGGAGGAGGAGAGAGCGAGAGUGGGAAUGGUGAGGAGAGAAGCCACUGCCUGUCUGUCAGAGGACUCUAACCCAGAGGCGAACCUGCACUUCUCUAAGAGGUUCCUCAACAUCUUCAUGAAUGGACAGUCACGAUCCUUCAGUGGAAAGUCGUUUGGCUUGUUCUCCUGCUUCAUUAAUGGGGAGGAGAGGGAACAGAGUCACAGAGCCGUCUACAGGUUUGUCCCUCGCCAUAAUGACGAGCUGGAGUUGGAGGUUGAUGACCCUCUAUUGGUGGAGGUACAAGCAGAGGAUUACUGGUACGAAGGCUACAACAUGCGUACAGGCACCCGCGGCAUCUUCCCUGCUUACUACGCCAUAGAGGUCUUCAAGGAGCCAGAGAGCUUCAAAGUGAAGAGCAGUGAAUGGGUAGACAGAUACCACAUGAAAUUCCUGGGCUCGGUCCAAGUGCCCUACCACAAAGGCAACGAUGUUCUGUGUGCAGCUAUGCAGAAGAUUGCCACCAAUAGGAGGAUGACAGUGCAGUAUAACCCACCUUCGUCUUGUAUCCUUGAGAUCAACAUGAAAGGAGUGAAGCUCCUAGUCCAGGAUGACUACUAUGCCUAUGACAGAAGUAACCAGUGCAGCCACUUCUUCCAGUUGAAGAAUGUUUCUUUCUGUGGCUGUCACCCUAAGAACAGCAAGUACUUUGGCUUCAUCACAAAACACCCAGCUGACCAGAGAUUUGCCUGUCAUGUGUUUGUGUCUGCAGAUUCUACUAAACCCCUGGCAGAGUCUGUUGGGAAAGCGUUCCAGUUGUACUAUAAGGAAUUUGUAGAUUACUCCUGUCCGACAGAGGAUAUUUACCUGGAAUAGCACCCGCCCCAACUUCCACCACAUCCCUGUACAUUACAGUUUAUCAUAACAUAAAGUUGCAUGACGGAGAAAACAUUUCUAACAAAUAUUAACUAAUACAUCUGACAAAAAGAUGGAGAGAGAGAAAGAAGGAGAGGUAUUGGUGUCUACUGUUUAUCCAAAUAUGUCAAAUAGUAUGAAGAUGAACAAGUAAUUGAUCCAAACAUAGUGGAGAUGUUGAAGAGAGGGUCACAAAAUAUGCAAAAUGGAGUCACUGAUGAGGAAGUAAAUGUGCCUAUGGUGUCCUCAGGCUGUCCACUCAAAGCACAAUGCUCAAAUCAAAGUGACCUGGACUGGAGUAGUCUGAGACUAAUCUUUGUGGACUUAGAGCUUGAAUCCCAGGUAGAACACUGGGCUUUGUGGACUUGGAGCUUGAAUCCCAGGUAGAACACUGAACUUUGUGAACUUGGAGCUUGAAUCCCAGGUAGAACACUGGGCUUUGUGGACUUGGUGAAACCCAGAAGAAACAGUAGUCACUAAGGUAACAGCAAAUGGAGGUCAGGGAAAAUAAAUCAAUAAAUUAAUGAACCUGCCAUAAAGAUCCUAUUAAAUUACUAGUAUUUGAGUAUUCUAAUCCCUAAUUCUAUGGAAUCUCUGAUUUUGGUGUGAUACAUUGCGUGAGGGAAACAGUGAUUCUGCAUGAGCUAAUGGUGCAGUGUGUUUGGAGAGGGUGAUAAGCCUCACUGGAGAGUCCUGUGGUCGAAGGUAACUAAUGAUCUAGGAUCAGAUUACCCUACCCCAACCUUUACAAUUAAGGGGAUGACAAAUGAUCUGCCAAAUUAUCAGUGGCUAACUCUGUUACUUAUUUUCCAUGUGGUUGCUCCCCCGAAAACAAAAACAAGUAAGCAUUAGGGUCACACUGUUGACCAGGAAUAGUGUCUUUAAUAUGGUAUUAUCUCUGGUACACUGUCAGAACCCUCAAAUAUAUUCACAUUAAGGAAUCAAGAGAUUCCUACCAAUAAGAGAUUCCUACCAAUAAAAGCGCUCACGUUG